AUGCCGCUCAUCAUAAUAACAGGCUUUCCCUGCUCAGGCAAAACGUACCGCGCUCAGCAAAUCGCUUCGUCGCUGGCCAGUUUUGUCACACCAUCCCCCAAUGAACCCUCAAUAUCAAAAAGGACUAUCCAGGUUGUCCGUUCACGCCACGCAUCAUCCAAUGACCCAGACAGCUCAGAAUCCAUAGAAAGAACCACCCUCCGAGACCAGAUCUACAAUAGCGCAUCCCACGAAAAGACCGCCAGGGCGGAGGAAUUCUCAGCAAUCAAGCGCGCUCUUUCAAAAGACAAUGUCGUGAUCGCCGAUGGAUUGAACUACAUCAAAGGCUAUAGAUACCAGUUGUGGUGUGAGGCCAAAGCGGUGGGAACGAGAUGUUGCGUGGUCCAUGUGGCGGCGCAGGAGGAUGAGUGCCAGAAGUGGAAUCGGGAGCGACUGAGAGCUUGGGGUCGGGAAGAGGAUGGUAACAAUACUGGCGGUGGAGAAGAGAACGGGAAUGUGACUGUCAAGGACGAGCGAAGGCAGCACAACCAAGGGGAAAGCGUCCUGGGCCAUCUGAUCCCGGAAAGCCACACUGCCAUCUACGGUGACCGGGUCUUGGAGGAUACACCUCGCACCAGAUCACGCUCUCCCAGGUUGGGCGGGUUGAACCAUGGCGACAGCGAUGAUACAGUGCCUCGGACGUCUGCAGAUGACACAAUGACUCUCAAGUCCCUAUACAUCCACCGAACGGAUGCAGAGCCUCCCUCGUCCACGGAGCCAAAACCAGGACCAGACUUUGCGCCGCUGCCGACGACUUCGUCGCCCUCGAUUCCCAUACCACCGCCAACCUCCUCUCCUCCCUACUCGUCGUCGACUCUCAUGUCCCUGAUGAUGCGCUAUGAACCCCCCUCUCCCUUCUCCCGCUGGGACACUCCUCUCUUUACCGUUCCUUCGUCCGACGCGGCUCCUCCGAUACAGGAAAUCUGGAACGCCAUCUACCCGCCUCCUCCCAGACCGACCAGCAAGAAAGCCCUGAGUCAACUUCCUCCAUCCCAAAGACUCGGCUCUGCCGGGAACGGAAAUGCAAAGCCCGCAGCGUCCACGUCCUCGUCCCCGUCCACCCCAAUCCCGAUGCGGGAAAAGUCGGACGUGGUGAAACCUCACGCUGCCACCGUGCUCCCCCGAGCCACCGCCGCGGAUGCCCUCCAAACUCUCGAGUCCGCCACCAUGGACGUGGUGAGACACCUGCUCGCCCAGUCUCGUGAACAGAACCUAUCCCAGACCGGCGAUGGUGGCGACGUGCUCGUCUCCAUCCCCCUUCCGGCGGCACCAAGCAGUUCUUUGAGGCCAGGUGACCCUGCACCCGCCGCGUCGCCGGCGACGGUCGAUACAACCAUCCACGUCCCGUCCGGCGUCCAUCUUUCACAGCCCAUGCUCCAGCGUCUGCGGAGGAAAUUCACACAGAUUCAGAGAGGAGGCAUUGCCCACGGACAGGGCUACCUCAGCGGACGGAGGCAGAUCAUCGAAGGGUUCAUCGAGUUCCUUGCCGCCGAGUGGACGGAAGACUAA